AUGGAGGAGUCUGCCACUGAGAAGUACAGCAAGCCGCAGGUCGCGCCGACAGUGCCCAAGUCUUCAUCAGCUGCCUCCGCUGCCGGCGGCCACGAGCCAGCGGCCGCGACGGCGCCAUCGCCAGCCGCAGGCUUUCGAGAGUCGUCCUUGGCCGCAGGAGCAGGAGCGGACGCUACCGCAGCCGCUAUGGUCGGCGACGAGUCAUCACGGCAGGCUGUCUCUCACUACCCCAAGCGCAAGCGCGCCUGCUUGUAUAACCACCUGAGCGAGAGCAAGAUGGAGAUUUCUCAGCCAGCGUCCACUCAGCCCAUGGCCGUUCAUCAAACCCGCUUUCCCACCGACCCUCUGCCUGGCACCCGCCCGACACGAAUCCUUCUAGGAUACUGGAAGCAAUCCAGCGAGCCUGAUCCAAGGGAUCGGCAUGCCGUCUAUGGAAUACUUGACCACGACAACAAGUUCUGA